AAUGAAAGUACAGUGACAGUCCAGUGCAGCUGGAGACAGCAGAGUCCAGACAAACCAAACCAUGCAAGAGCCAAACUCGCUGAGAAUCGUCCUGCUGGGGAAACACGGCAGCGGGAAAAGCAGCCUGGCAAACAACAUUCUGGGAGAAAAGAUUUUCAGAGUGAGCUACAGGAGCGACUCAAAGAUCCGAAGCGUUCAGACUCACUCCAGGACCUUGAAAGAGCGCAAAGUGACGGUGAUCGACACUCCAGGGGUCGUGGGAACCCAGGGCGUGGGGUGGGAGCGCGCGGAGCUGGAGAGACACUGUGAAUGGCUGAGCUGCCUGGUCCAGUGCGCUCCGGGGCCUCACGCGCUGCUGCUGGUGAUGCCUGUGCAGAGGUACACGAGACAGGAGCAGGCUGUGGUGGAGUACAUCAAGACACAGUUUGGGGAAGAGAUGUUCCGAUUCACCAUUGUAGUUUUCACUCAUGGAGACCAGCUCCCGGAGAACACAGACAUCUUGGAGUUUGUGGAGGAGAACACUGAGCUGGCCAAGCUGGUGCAGGCCUGCGGGGGGCGCUGUCAUGUGGUCGACAACAAGUACUGGACCAAAGAUCAGCAAAAGGAAGACCCACAGCGGAGCAAUGAGUUUCAGGUGGAAGCGAUCCUGAAUACUGUGGAGAAAAUGGUUGAUGAAAACCAGAAGUAUUUAAGCAAUGAUGCUUUGGAACAAGUAGAGCAUGAUAUUCAGACAGAGCAGAGCCGCAUUCACACUGACAGCGGCUUGAGCCUGGAGGAGAGCAGAGAGCAGGCCAAAAACUCUCUCCUCGAUAGAUACAUAGACCAAGCAACAAGAUGCCCGCCUUAUGCCAAAUAUGCUGCAGUUAUGACUGGAGUAGCAGGUGUGGCACUGGUAGCUAUAUUGGUGCUACCAAAAGUGAUGAAGUUUUUUGCAGAGAAGCCCCCACUGCCCCUUCCCCUCCCCCUGCCCAUGGUGCCCAUAGAGCCCCCUGCUCUGCCAGAUCUCCCCCUUGCACCUGAAGUGAUCCAAGAGGUUGUCCAAGAGGUUGUCCAAGAGGUUGUCCCACCCGUGAUAUCCGAGUUUCUGAAGUCCAUUCUGACACCACCAGAGGACUACGAUCCAUUUGACCAAUUCAACUAGUCUUAAAGGAACUGUGUAAGAUUUUGAUUUUAGAUUGUCACAAGAUAAAAGGUAAACAUGUUCAAAUCAAAUAUAGUGACUGAUAACAA